AUGUUUGAAGAAACAAUUAUUGAUGAAGAUAUAUUAUAUAGAGACUUCGAAUUUGAUGACUUUAAUAAUGAAAAAAAUGAAAGCAAUAAUGAAGAAAGUGGUUUUAGUGAAGAUAUCCUUGUGGAAGAUGAAGAUAACACUAUA